CUGGGUGAGAAUGUCUGACGUGGUGAUGAAGGAAGAAGACAGUGACACAUUGAGUGUUAAGGAACUCGUUGCUAAUCUACCGCCGCCGUACAAGCACGAUGAGUUUAUUCCACCACCAUUAGAACAUCCUUACACUCAUUGUAGUUGGAAACCAGUGUACUUAGGCUUUCCCCGGACUCCCGUCUAUCCGGAUUACUUGGGUGCUAUUCUACCGGAACUCUUUGCCAAUGCUCCAGAAUCCGACAUGCAGGAGGAACCUCCUUUAAUAUCACCAAAUAUGCUUGAUUACGUACCUCCAUCUCAGAUUGAAUAUAUACCUUUCAUUAGUCCUCCCUUCAUUCCUUGUCCAUCUUAUAGCCCCACUGCCCCUGGCGGCUUUGAUUUCUCUCAAUCUCUGGAUGCUAUCCAUGCCGAGCCACUCCUCUUUGCUAAAAUCGGUCUCCAUUGCUACAAUCUCGAAAAUGGGACACACUUUGAACGUUUGGGUCUGCCUCGGUCGUAUGACCAGACCAUAGAGGCAAGGGAUCCAGUACGCAAUAAUUACACUUGCAGGUUUGAAACAAAUGUUCGGCUUGCCACUGAGAAUAAAGAUUGCUUCCAUGUUAUCACAACCCGCUCCAGGCCCUCCUUGCCCCCACCUCCCCCUCCCCCUCCAGGGGAAGAUGGAUUCCAAUGUGGAUUUGACACACUUUCUGUGGAUGAGCUUUUCAAAGGCAACAUGCCCGAUUGGUUGCCUGAUGACUAUGCCACUAGCACGCUGCUGAUGCAAUACUACGAGAUGAAAGCAUCAGAGGUGGAACAAGCCAAAGAAUGGCUUCAUCUUUACGCUGAACUAGCCUUGUACACCAAGAAGCAGAAGGACACGUUCAUGUUUGAGCGUGCAAAGCCCCUGGAGCUGGGAAAGGUUGUUGUGCAAACCAGAGACUCUAUGGAAGAUGUCAAGCUAUUGGAUAAUGCAGUCUUCUUCAUAACCUUCAAAACAAGUGGCGGUGAUGUCUGCAAAGGUAUCAUCAGGAGGACAAGGGAUGGGAUUCCAGAGCAUCUAUCCCUUGAAGCCAAGUGCUUCAUGUGAUGUGAACAGUCUCUGAGGUUGACUAUGAGAGAGAGUAAUUAAAAAACGAUCUGAGUAAAAAAAGUCUGUAGUUCUAUACCAAGUAUAUUUUAAAUUGAAACUUCAAAGUCUGGAUUUGUCUUUUUGGACAUCAAACAUACAAACUAGGAAGUAGGAGAG